UCCACUCACACACAGCUUCCAAUCUUUACUGAAGAUCGAGUACUUAAAGGCCUCGACUACUCAUUCCUUUUCAAUUCAUCAUCCUCUCAAUUAGUCUCGCCACAAUAAUGGCUGGUGUUGCGAAUAAGUUGGUGACGAUGCUCUUGGUCUGCGCCUUGGUGGUUGCAACUAUGACGUCGGUGGAUGCUACUCUGAGCUGCGGGCAAGUGGUGGGCAAUCUUACUCCAUGCCUCAACUACCUGAAGAACGGUGGCCCCGUCCCGGCCCUAUGCUGCAACGGGGUGAGGUCCCUCGCCGGCUCUGCCAAGUCCGCCCCUGACCGCCGGCAGGCUUGCCAAUGCUUGAAAACUGCCGCCGGUGGAAUCUCCGGCUUGAAGGAGAACUAUGCUGCUGCCCUCCCCGCUGCAUGCAGAGUCACUAUUCCUUACAAGAUCAGCACCAAGACCAACUGCAACGCCAUGCUGUGAAGAUCGUAAAGCGAAGGAGAAAGAGGUGGACGACGUCGUAAAGUGAGGGAGGGACUAUCGAUGUAAUCAUAAAUCAUAUAAUAAUAUAAAUAAUAAAUGUGUUGGGAGGGCGGACGGAGACAGGAGUCUCCGGUACUCUUAAUAUCCUCUCUAAACUGAAGGACGGUUUCUGAGUCUCAUCUCUUUUCUUUUCCUUGAUUUCUUAUUCCUAAUUUUGUAUGUACGAAAAUAUACAAACAAAGUAUAA